AUGAUGCUGCAGAUACCCACGCCUCCUGCAUCGCGAUCGGGGUCGGAGGCUCCUGACGUGGAGGCGAAGCCCGCGGAGACCACUGGAGCUUCAUCGGAGUUGCUCCAGUCCCUGGAUGUUCUUCUGGAACAAUACCUGCACCUACUUGAUCGACAGCAGGAACUACAGUCUGGGCUUGCGAAACAGUUUUCCUCGGGAUUUCUUGCCCUCGCCCACGCAAACUACACCUGUCCUCCCGGUCGACGAUAUGGCGCUGACUACUACGACGAACGGAUGAAGGCAACCAGGAAGAUUUCGAUCCAAAACGGGCCAGAGGACGAAUCCACAGACUCGACAGAGUUGACAGAGACCAGCAACACGCAAUCGCACGAGACAGGGUACCUGUUCAACAUGGAAACCACUCCAAACCCCCAGCCCGAAGAGAAAGCCGAUGCAAACGAAGAAUCGCAGCCCAAAGACUCCGAAUCCAAGGAGACAACGCAACUCGACACGGACGCUACGGCCAAAAGUGAUUCGCCAGUUGAGGAUUCCACCCCUGUCACACCCACGGCCAAGUCCAAGCCUCCCAAGAAGACUAGAUCCAACGAUCCUAUACACUGGUACGGAAUCCUAGUGCCUCCAUCAUUACGCACUGCUCAAAAAUCCUUUACCGGUGGUAUUUCAAACGAGGUGCCAGCAUUGGCUGCGGUGGUGGUGGAGAUGCGCACUCUUGAGGACAAGAUCAACAAACUACGGGUCGAGCUUGGGGGCUAG